AUGGAGAGCCAGAAAGUCGAGUGGAAAUGGCUCGCAAGCCGCAUAAUCGUGCCUAUGGCAUUACUCUACCUAGCUUCGUUCUUCUACACCUUGGUGAAGGUACGACUGUGCUUCUACCGCCUCAAGAAGAAAGGAAUGCCCAUGCUCCCCUGGAAUCCAGCCCUUGGAAAUCUCCCGGUACUUGCGAGGUUCAUGAGAAAGGUGCCAAAAGAUGCCCAAGAGGCAAUGUCUUUUGCACUCCUUGCCUCCGAAUCAGGACUAGAUACGUGCUUUUAUAUGGACACCUGGCCAUUUGGCUUCUCAACCCUCGUUGUAACCUCACCAGACCUCGCUGUUCAGGCCUGUCAAACCUAUGACCUUGUCAAGCCGGAUGCCCUGGGCGCAUUUAUAACUCCAAUGACUGGUGGACCAACACUUUUUGACAGGAAUGGCGCAGAAUGGAAACGUGGACGAGAGCUCUUUAGCCAUGGCUUUAGCAUGCGGUCAGUCAUGAGCUAUGUUCCGUAUAUUCUCCAAGAGGUGGAAGUGUACGUUGAUGUCCUGCGAGACCUGGCAAAGACAGGCGACACCUUUCUCUUAGACGAGAUCACUUGUAAAUACGUGAUGGAUAUCAUCGGAAAUGUCGCAAUGAACACGCGGUUUAUAAGCCAGCGAAAAUUCCAUCCAAUUGCAGCUGCGAUGCGGGAUACGAUAGACCGGGAGUGUCAAAUUGAAACAGGAAAUCACUUCAGUCGAGUGAAUCCUGUGCGCCUGUUCAAGCAGUGGUAUAACGGACGGACGAUGAACCACUAUAUUGGGAUCGAACUGGAGAAGCGAUAUCAGAAAUGGAGACAACAAGGCGCGACAAGCUCGUCUACUUCCAAAUCUAUCAUGGAUCUCGUCAUCACAGAGUACAUGAAGACAAGACAAGUCGCAGGGUCAACACUCGACCCCAAAUUCAAGGCCUGGGCCACUACCCAGAUUCGACUGUUCCUCUUUGUCGGGCAUGACUCAACCGCCGUGACAAUCAUGUACUGCCUUUACCUCCUAUCGAAACAUCCAGCAGCUUUAGCCAAGAUUCGCGCAGAACAUGACAAGAUUUUCAGCACGGACCUUUCGAACGCUCCCAACUUACUCCGCAAACGCCCAGAACUCAUCAAUCAACUUCCAUACACAUUGGCUGUCGUCAAAGAAACACUCCGCCUCUUCCCACCCGCAAAUGGCCUCCGGGACGGUCGCUCUAACGUCUCCCUCCGUGACCACCACACCGGUACCACCUACCCAACGGCAGGUUUUGCAAUAUGGAUUGUCCACAGUGCGAUUCACCGCAGCACCCAUACCUGGCCAGAUCCACAUGCUUUUAUCCCUGACCGUUGGCUCGUUGACCCGGGUCACCCCUUAUACCCACCACCCGGGGCUUGGAGGCCAUUCGAGCACGGAUCCCGAGACUGCAUCGGACAGACGCUAGCCCUCCUCGACAUUCGAGUCACACUUCUUAUGACCGUUCGUGAAUUUGACUUCAAAGACCAAUAUACGGAGUGGGAUCAGAGGCAUCCUGCUCAUGGGCUGAAUACUAUUUUUGGGGAGCGUGCUUAUAUGAUUCAGGCAGGCUCGGGUCGGCCAGCUCAGGGGUUACCUUGUCAGGUGUCUCUUAAUACGCGAUUUCAACCAGAGAAUAGGGAAGGAAUUAAACACCAGCCAGAAUAG